GCGAUAACGCUAAAUAUAGGCAGCGCUGUUGCCUCGAAAAAAUCAUUUCCCCGGAACAAAUCGGGAGGAAGGCAGCUCGUUGAAAUGCACGGCGUUCGAAGCGUCAAAGGGAAGGCAAAGUCUGCAGAGCAAUUCCGUCUCGAGUGCGUUUACGCCGAUGCAUCCCUCUUUUUCCUUCUUUCUCACUCUCGCAUAUUCGUUCUUUCUUGCUGGUAUAGCCACAGCUAUUAUUUUUCAUCGGUGUUGGUAACUAUAGGUACGCCAGAGACGAAAGAGAGCUUCGAAAGAGGGAAAGAUAAAUCGAGAGAGUGGCUGCGAGGCAGAAACGGCGAGCAGAAAGAGGGAGACACAGAAAGAGAGAGGAGGAAAACGACAGGGCGACAUGGGUGGCAGGGAGAGAAAGGAUCGCAUAUCGACCUCGUGUGUACUUUCGUCACGUUGUCUCAGGACAUUACCUCAUAUGUAAAAGGAUCUCUCGCAAAUAUAACCAUCAAACAGUUGCAAUACGACACCGCGCUCUUGUUUAAUGGCAUAUAAAUGGACAUCUGCUAUUUUCUGUCAGGUUAAUACGAAUUCAUUGAUAUCAAAUAAAUACGCUACAAAAACGACACAUUAUAAAUAAUAUUGUGAUAUAAAAUAAAUUUUAAAUUUCUAAUUACGUUAUCUUAAAUUAUUGAAAAUCACAUCCUACAUUUUCUAAUAACGCACUAUUCAAGUAAUCCGUGAAGAAAAACCUAAUUAAGAUUAAUAUGCGAUACCGUGCUAAAGUUUUUGUUUCAAAAU